UCCUGAAAGGCCAUGGAUCCUGCUGGAACCCACAGCUCGCUGCUGGGGGAGGGGUGUUUGCCCGUUGCCAGGCACCCAGGUUCUAUCCGGGCAUUUGGCGCCGCCAUGCUGCUCGCACCAUCCUUCCUGCUACUGCUGCUACUGCUGGCCAUGCCAGCUCCCUCCCAGGCCUGGUCUCGGCCCCUGUGGUACCAGGUGGGGCUGGACCUUCAGCCCUGGGGAUGCCAGCCCAACAGCCUGGAAGGUUGCGGGGGCAGCCUGGGCUGUGCCGGCCACUGGAUGGGCCUGGGGAUGAACCGCCUCUACCCCGUGGCUGGGGUCACCAUCACCACCACCAUGAUGCUGAUGAUGGGCCGCGCGGUGCUGCAGCGGCGGCGCUCCCAGGCCAAGUCCGAGCAUCCGCAGGUGACCACUAACCCGAGUGGACCCUGGAAACGGCGGACCCACAUCUCAGACCGCGCCCUGCUCCUUGGGGUCCUGCACAUGCUGGAUUCCCUCCUGGUCCAUAUUGAGGGCCACCUGCAGCGUAUAUCCACCCAACAGAAGACCCCAAUAAAGGGGAUAUCCGCCCAAAGUGGGUGACCCAA